CAAAAUCCAAGCUAUCAAAUAGACUUUGAUAUAGCUGAGUGCAUAUUAGGUGAAUUGAUUUUCUCCCAACUUUCAAAUACCAUUGUCUGCCUCAUGACUACCACAUCGGUUCUUACUCGCUCCAUUUCAAAUCCUACUUCACCAUCGGGUGUAGCUUACUCACCACUAUCCAUCAAUUCAAUGGUGCAUCCGCAUAAUAUCCAUAGCCCAUCGUUUGAUCACCCCGAUUAUGAUCCUAUAAGGAAUUGCUGGAAAGUAUACAGGCGAGCCUAUUUAAACAGGAAAAGAGAUGGUAGCACAUCUGCAUGUCAAGAGGUCGAAAUUUCCAGCCACAACCAACAUCCGUACCUUUAUUCUCCUUAUCUUAGCAGCACUAGAGCCAUUUCAGUAGUUGGACUUAAAGAGAACAGCAAACAGCAUUGUCUAAAUGCACCACCAAUAGCAGUAGCUUCACCAAGCGUGACUAGAACUCACCAUGCAAAGGAAUAUUGUCAACGCACACAAUCAUACACGGCAGAACCAUCUUCAAAUACAAGAAAUGGCUCUACGUUAAAUGAUGUAAUACCAAGUGUUUCUAGCCUAUCCAAAUCACAGGAGCACUGUGUUCCUGUUGUGCCAAAACCAAAACCUGCUGUUCAGAUCAUAUGUACUCCACCUGUGACCCACUCUAAUACCACUACAGGCAGAUUAUCAUUGACUGCAGCACACGAUCAGCUUGCACUGCUUGAAUACUUUAUUGAUCUCGCAGUGCAGAUGAUUUGCACUUUGAAUACAGUUGAUAUGGCAGUUCAACCCACUGCUCCAACUCGGUUGUUUGUGAUUGAAGUUCUACGACGAUGUCCUGCAAGCUUUUCAACCACUGCAAUUGCUUUGCUGUAUCUGCAUCGUCUGAUUCAUGAACUGCAACUGCCAUGUGUACUAUCCAACCACUGCAAUGAAAGCCGUAACUCCAAGGGAUCAAACGUGGCUGUUCUUGACAACUCUAACACAAAAUACACUAAUGUAUCUGAGACAUCCAUAACAGUACUUUCAGCAGAAGUUGAGCCAGCAAAUAGCAAACACGCAAAUAUUCCGCGGAAAUCAAGAUGCGGCCGAAGGGCAUUUGUAGCUGCACUCCUUACAGCACAUAAAUACCUCGAAGAUUUUUCGCUUGGAACAAAGGAAUGGGCAAGCAGAUUGUCCCUGAAAGCAAAAGACCUUCAUGCCUCAGAAACCACGCUAUUGAAUCAUAUUCACCACAACUUGGUCAUACAAGUAGGAGAGUACGACGUUUGGGUAAAAACCAUUGUAGCUAGUAGCAAAUCUAGUUCAAAUUCAUCAGCAUCAUGCUGAGUUCAUCUCGUAUGUUCAUACACGUAUUAGAUGACCUUGCAGUACUUUUACUGCUUUAAUUGCCAUUUAUAUUGAUUCAUUUUCAUUUUUUGUCUGGUUUAUAUCUACUGAUGGGCUACUUUUAUCAAUUAUAACCUGUCGAUUAUUUUUUACAAAUAAAAAUAUUCAACAUAGCCCAUAGCACAUGC